AUGUCGUCAGACGAGAUCGUGUGGCAGGUAAUCAACCAGCAAUUCUGCUCGUUCAAGUUAAAACUAAGCAGUAAAGAUCAAACUUUUUGUCGCAACGAGUACAACCUCACAGGCUUCUGCAACCGCCAGUCCUGCCCGCUGGCUAAUUCCCGCUAUGCCACCGUCCGGCCAGAUCCCCAGACCGGUGCCCUAUGCCUCUUCAUCAAAACUCCAGAACGCACUCAUUUGCCCUCAAAGUGGUGGGAAAAGAUACGUCUCCCCAACAACUACGAAAAGGCACUUUUAGCCCUCGACGAGAAAUUGCAAUACUGGCCCAAAUUCUACAUCCAUAAAUGCAAACAGAGGCUUACGAGGCUGACGCAAGUGAGGAUCCGCGAAAGGAAUAUCGCGAAGGAGGAAGUGAGAAUUGGUGAGAAGAACAUCCCGAGAUUGGCGCCAAAGGUGAGACGGAGGGAGGAGACGAGAGAGCGGAAAGCAGAAAGUGCGGCGAAAGUGGAGAGGGAGAUUGAACGGGAACUUAUGGAGCGGCUGACGAGUGGAGCGUACGGUGAUCGACCGCUCAACAUCGAAGAGGGUUUGUGGAGGAAAGUUCUGAGAGGACUCGAGAGGAGGGAAAAGGGUGAGGAGUUGCUGGAUGAAGAACUGGAGGAGGAGAAUGAGGAAGAACUGGAGGCAGAGGUGGAGUACGUUUCCGAUCUGGAGGAGAGCGAAAAUGAAAUGGAGCAGGAGAUGGAGGACUUUGACGACUGGCUUGGCGGAGAGAGUCCUGAUGAAGAGGAUGAAGACUCCAGUGAGGAUCCUGGAGAGGACGAGGAUGAGAGCGAAGACAGCGACGAGGACGAAGAUGGCGAAGGUGCAUUGGGCAAGAAGCGGAAACGACAUACAAGGCAACCACCAAAGCCACAGAAGAAGCCUCGCGGUCGUGUGGAGAUUGAGUAUGAGGCUGAGCCGCCAUUGAAAGAGACAAUAUUGGCCUAG